AAGCAACGAAGCAGAAGAGCCACCAAAACGGCCGCCACAAUUGCCAGUGCCUCAGCAGCCGCCGCAGCUGGAGCCGUGCCCCUACCGUACGCCGAUCUCCACCAGCAUCCGCAUCCGCAUCCGCAUCCACACCAUUCGCACCACCACUUUGCUAGCACAGCUCCCCUGACCAGCACCGAUAGCUUCAAGCUGCGUUCCGAGGAACCGGUGCCGGGCUUCAGCUCGGCCUCCCCCUGGCCCACGCUCGAGCUGGGGAUGGAGUGGGGACGCAAGCUCUACCCUACCGCCGGGCCCCGGUCCGCCGGGGGCCUCAUGUUCGGCCUGCCGCCCUCCGCCGCCGACAUGAACCAGCCGCGGGGGCCCAUGACCUCCCUCAAGGAGGAGCCGCUGGGCGGACGCUGGGCCAUGCAGCCAGUCGUCGAUCAGACCAACCUUGGCAUUGGCCGCGCCCACUUUGAGAAGCAGCCGCCCAGCAAUUUACGUAAAUCGAACUUCUUUCACUUUGUGAUCGCCCUGUACGAUCGGGCCGGGCAGCCCAUCGAGAUCGAGCGCACGGCCUUCAUUGGGUUCAUCGAGAAGGACUCGGAAUCGGAUGCCACCAAAACCAACAACGGGAUACAAUAUCGCCUGCAGUUGCUCUAUGCGAAUGGCGCCCGCCAGGAGCAGGACAUAUUCGUGAGGCUGAUCGAUUCCGUGACCAAGCAGGCCAUCAUCUAUGAGGGUCAGGACAAGAAUCCAGAGAUGUGUCGGGUCCUGUUGACGCACGAAGUCAUGUGCAGCCGCUGCUGUGAUAAGAAGAGCUGUGGCAACCGCAACGAGACGCCAUCGGACCCCGUCAUUAUUGAUCGGUUCUUCCUGAAGUUCUUCUUGAAGUGCAACCAGAACUGCCUGAAAAACGCUGGCAACCCGCGGGACAUGCGCAGAUUCCAGGUGGUCAUCUCCACACAGGUGGCCGUGGACGGACCCCUGCUGGCCAUCUCCGACAACAUGUUCGUGCACAACAACUCGAAGCACGGACGGAGGGCCAAGCGGCUGGACACCACGGAAGGUACAGGCAACACAUCCCUGUCCAUAUCCGGUCACCCCCUAGCGCCCGACAGUACCUACGAUGGUCUCUACCCGCCCCUGCCGGUGGCCACGCCCUGCAUCAAGGCGAUCUCCCCGAGCGAGGGCUGGACCACGGGCGGCGCCACAGUCAUCAUUGUGGGCGACAACUUCUUCGACGGCCUCCAGGUGGUCUUCGGGACGAUGCUCGUGUGGAGCGAGCUGAUUACCUCGCACGCCAUCCGCGUCCAGACCCCGCCCAGGCAUAUACCCGGCGUCGUCGAGGUGACGCUCUCCUACAAGAGCAAGCAGUUCUGCAAGGGAUCGCCCGGACGCUUCGUCUAUGUCUCAGCUCUCAACGAACCCACAAUCGACUACGGAUUCCAGCGCCUGCAGAAGCUCAUUCCGCGCCACCCCGGCGAUCCGGAGAAGCUGCAGAAGGAGAUCAUAUUGAAGCGGGCCGCCGACCUGGUCGAGGCCCUCUACUCAAUGCCCAGAUCUCCGGGCGGCUCCACCGGCUUCAACUCCUACGCCGGACAGCUGGCCGUCAGCGUCCAAGACGGCACCGGCCAGUGGACCGAGGACGACUACCAGCGCGCCCAGUCGAGCAGCGUGAGUCCCCGCGGCGGCUACUGCAGCAGCGCCUCCACCCCCCACAGCUCGGGCGGCUCCUACGGCGCCUCGGCCACCACAGCGGCGGUAGCAGCCACGGCCAACGGCUAUGCGCCCACACCCAACAUGGGCACCCUCUCCUCCUCGCCGGGCAGCGUCUUCAACUCCACGUCAAGAGUGAGCAGCCUGAGUUUCAAUCCCUUCGCCCUGCCCACCUGCAACACCCAGGGCUACAGCACCAGCCAGCUGGUGACUUCAACCAAAUAAUAUUACCACUAAAUGAGGCUAUUGGCAGGCCACCAAUAAUCCCCUCCCCCACCCCAACCAAUCCGGAGUUCCAGAUAUCCGAAAUAAGCAGAAGCUCGAAAGUGCAAUAACCAGAAAAUAGAGAAUGGUUCCAAAAUUCAAAAACCCUUUAUCAAUAUAGUUGUAUAUUUUGUCGAUUGAUUCCCGUUUUUGAUUGUGUUUGAAUAUGCCUCGGCAAUAGAUAUAGAUACAUACUAGCUACUUACAUACAUAUAUAUAAUACCAUAUCAGAGUAAAGGAAAUACAUAUGAAAUCCGGGGGGUCGUCAAGGGCAGGCAUAUCAUGCCAGGGGGGCCCCGAAAUUUGAUUAAACUCUAUGUACAUACAUAUAUAUACUAUAUAGCACACCUAAAUGAAAUAUAUCAUAGCGAUCGGAUCUGUGAAUAGGGGAAAUUAUACCAAUUUAUAUAACCAUGAUGAUUGAAAAUUAUACGAAUGCAGAUAUACCAAAACAGAUGAAAUUUGAAUUAACCUUUGGACAUAACUAAAUGCUUGUAUACGACGACACCCGUCUGGAUAUGUACAUAUCCAGAUACGAACUUAUGGGAAAUACUCUCAACUCAGCCAGAGAAAACCGAAAUCAAAAUGUUAUAUACCUAAAUAGAUAUACAUACACACUACACAAAACUUAAACAUUUGCCGCAUACAUACAUACAUAUCUAGCAUAAUACUUAUUGCAAGAAAUUUAUACAUACCACAAACUUUUGGCAAACAUAUCGUGCACUUAGUCCUAGCCAUCUAUCUCUCACAACAAAACAAAACACAAGCCAUACAUGCAUACGUUUUUGUAUAAUGCUCAUCAUAUCCACAAUUUGGAACGAAAUUCAUUCGGAGGAACACCAAAUCAUCAUAAGAUAUAUAUGUAUACAUUUUGCUAUUCAAGUCAGAGUGUUUGAUAAACUACCGAUUUGUUGACUAGACUCUAAGCCUACGCCUAAGCCUAAGAUAUCUGGGUGCAUAUACAAACAUAUACAUACAUAUAUACGAAUAGACACAGACAUGGGCAUACGAGUACAUCAUAAGUUUAUUGUUUAUUAACCGAUUUGUAGGAGUUUUAUUGCAAUCUGUAUUAUAAUGUAUUGUAUGCUUGUACGUCUAGAUCUAGAUCUAGAUCUACACAAGAGCACUGACGAAAUCAGUGGGACAAAGCGAGAGGAAUCGAAUCCAUAUGCAUAUUUAUAAGAAUAGGCAUAGACAGACCUUAGCCGCAAAUCGAUUUGUAAAUUAUAAUAUAAUACAAAGAAAU